AAAUAUAUGACUUUGCGGAAGAUCUUAUCGAACAGAAAAUGGCCCGACAAAAGCUUUUAGUGAUAGCGAUUUUUCUUAGCGUUUAUGAGUCUUCUGCAAGAUGUCCUCCUGGUUGGGAUCACCAUGAAAACUCUUGCUAUUUAUUCUCCAAGGACACCCUAUCUUGGAGUGAGGCCUCGGAUACAUGCAGUUCUGUCGGUGAUGGUUUAGUAGCCAUUGAAUCACAAAGUGAAGAAACUUUCUUACAAAACAGACUUCACCAUGAAUUUGCUAGCUUCAUGUUUUGGCUCGGGGGAUCAGAUCAGUUUCAGAACAACUCUGUCUGGUACUGGGUUGCAACUGAGCAGAAAAUAAACAGUGGAUAUACCGAUUGGUACCGUACCGAACCCGACCAUCCAGGUAAACAACACUGUUUGGCAAUGAGAAAGGAUCUGAAUUACCAGUGGUGUGACGACUACUGCCCGGAACUUCAUGGCUACAUAUGUGAAAGAGCGAUGAAUGACGGCUCGGACCUAAUAGGCUAACCAUCUCAUGAAAUAUGAAAUCCACCUUUCACUGGAAAAUCAAUCACUGUAUUUCUUAUUAUUGCAAUAAAUUCAAGAAUGACAA